AUGGAAACGCAUAGAGCCAAACUACGCUGCCAAUGGUUACAAUGCAAACUACGUUCUUCAUCCAACAAGAGGAAUUCUGAUGAUUCAACAGUUGAGGUGCCGUUCUCAAGCAAGAGGAAGGCAGCAAACGCCUUUGGUCACUGUCUUGAAGGGGCUAACGAGGAGGAGAAGAGGUUGAUGAAUAUCAAGAAAACAAAAACAGAUUGUUUUAUUCAAAAUAAGCAGUAUGAUUUCAACGAUGAUGAACUUGAAGUUGUUGAUAUUCUAUUUAACCUCUCCGGGAACUUCUUAGAGAGGGUUAAUUUAGAGACUUCAAGCAGUGCUGCGAAUUCAACCCCCAGUGCCGACCAAGAACAGGUUUCAAAGGAGGCUUCCAAGAUGACCAUUAACUCAAUGGAUUUACGGAACAAGAAAGAAACAAAGAAACCAGUCAGCCAAGAAAGAAACAGCCCCAGUGCCGAUCAAGAACGGAUUUCAAACAAGAAUUCCAAGAAGACCGUUAGCUCAGUGGAUUCUCGGUGCAAGAAAGAAUCAAAGAAACCAGUCAACCAAGCACCCUCUGAAUUGCCACAAAAUUUCAAGAACUUGAUAAGUGAUAUGAGUGGCAGCAAGAUCACUCUGCUUAUUGAAAAAACUCUCUAUUCCUCGGAUUUGAAUCCGCAACAAAAUCGGCUUUCGAUGCCGUCACAACAGGUCAAGGACAAAGAUUUCUUGCUUUCCACGGAACUAGAAAGUUUGGAGGAGAAAAAGGGAAUAAAAGUGAAAUUGAUCCAACCGUCUCUGAAAAUCACGGAGUUGACUUUGAUUAAGUGGUUCAUGCACAAGGGCCCAGAGUCAGAGAAAGUAAGCAUAUCCUAUAUUCUGAGGUCAAAUUGGGUCCAAGUUGCAAAGGCUAACAAUCUAGAAAAGGAUGAUGUUGUUCAAGUUUGA